UGCUGCAGUGGUGUGUAGAGAGCUGGACUGUGGAGAACCUGUAGAUGCUCUGGCUAAUGCACACUUUGGACCAGGAUCAGGACCAGUCUGGAUGGCUUUUGUCAGAUGUGUUGGUUCAGAAUCCACACUGAAGGACUGUGAAUCAGCAGGAUGGGACCGAAGUUUUUGUGAACAUUCUAAAGAUGCUGGAGUCAUCUGCUCAGAAGUCCGGCUGAUUGGAGGUUCUCGCUGCUCUGGGAGAUUAGAGAUCCUUCAUAAUCAGACGUGGAUGUCAGUGUGUGAUGCUGUCUUUGACCAGCAGGAUGCAGAGGUUGUGUGUAGAGAGCUGGACUGUGGGGCUCCUGUACAGGUGCUGGGAGCAGCUGCUUUUGACAAAGGAGACGCUCAGAUGUGGACACAAGAGAUUCAGUGCAGAAGAAAUGAGUCUCAGAUUCAUAUGUGUCAAACAUCUUUCAAAUUCACACCCAAUUACAACUGUACUCACAAAAAUAAUGUUGGACUGCUUUGUACAGGUACGUGUUGUCUGUUUCAAUAGGAAAUAUUUACUUAAUUACUUAAUCUCUUCUAAUU